UGCGAAAAACCCAGUGAAAACUCCCAGAAAAAUGGCCAGCAGCUCCCUUGAGGGCAACAAGGUGUGUCGCCUGUGUUUGUCCAAGGAGCAGGAUGUGUUUCUGGAGGAGAAGGUGGCGAAAGACACAAAAUAUUGGCAAGUCGCCAUCAGCUUUACGAACAUUGAGUACUCUCCACAUGACGAUCUGCCGCAGUCCAUUUGCCGGAUGUGCGCUUCGCAGCUGUCCAAUAUUCACAUCUUCAAGCAGCGCUGCGAAGCAUCUCAUGAGACUCUGAUGUCGAACUUUGCCAACGACCUCGGCGUGGAUUACCUCGAGGAGGACAAGUUUAUCCCUGAAUUCAGCACAAUCCUAGUCAAGGAGGAGGAUGGCAUGAUCUCUGACCACUUCGACGACAGAGACAUCCUGCCGGAGAGCGAUGGCGCGGACGAGGACAUCCUGAACGACAAGGAGUUGAUUGAGAUUGUGGAGGCGAAGCCAAUGAAGCCUGUGGAGCCGGUGAAGAAGGUGAAGCCCAAGAAGGAGGACUCCACUGAGCCGAAAGGCAAGAGAAUCCGUAGGAAAAACUACCAAUGCAACGAAUGUGGCGUUCUGGUUGAAUCGCCAAGCAAAUUGGCGCGGCAUCUCCGGAUUCACGUAUUCGACAACCAGAAGGUGCUGCACAGCUCCAAGAUAGGCAAGGUGUUCUCCUGUAAGAACUGCGGCAUGGCAUUCCUGAAGACGAAGCAGCUGAGAAUCCAUCUCUUGAGCGGCAGAUGCAAGCGAAUGCCGGGCAAUCAGGAUUAUCAGCCGGAGGAGGACAAGGCGCCCUCGGAAGUCGCUGGUCAGAGUGUCUCUGAGCCUGCAGUGGUGGAUAUGAUGGCAGUUGAGGAGACGCCUGAAUUGACCGAUCAGGAGCAAUCGGAGAGCUUCAAGUGCUACAUUUGCUUCGAAUUCCACACUUCUCUGGAGAGCCUGGAGGCUCACAUGAAGGAAGUUCACGGGAGAGUCGGUGAUCCGCUGUUCUGCUGCACGCGUUGCUCCUUCACGCACGAGUCCGCGGACGAGAUGAUCGAGCACUAUCGCGUGAGUCAAUCGUGUGGCGAAGAAGCCAGAUCCGGCGAGAAGGACAACCGCUUCAAGUGCGAGAUCUGCGAUAAGCAGUUCCGCUACAAAUCCUCCCUGAAGAACCACAGCGUGUGCCACACGGGCGAGAAGCGCUUCGAGUGCGACAUCUGCUUCAAACGCUUCACCAGGAAAGGCGAGAUCAUCGUCCACAAGCGACUGCACUUCGAUUUGCGCCCGUACGUCUGUCAGGACUGCGGUAUGGGCUUCCGCAAGUCCAGCAAUCUCAUCCGGCACCGCGUGAUUCACACCGGAGAGGCCAACUACCAGUGCCACGUCUGCCUGAGGCGCUUCAAGUGGCCCACGGCGCUCAAGUGCCACAUGAACUCGCACACGGGCGAGAAGCCGUACAAGUGCAAGUACUGCCCCAAGGCGUACACCAGCAACAGCGGUCUGAUCAAGCACUACGCCAACCAUCCGGACAUCGAGGGCGAAGUGGAGGUUUACACUCCGAAUGAAUCUGACGCUUCAGCGCAGUAUUGCCAGAUGGAAAUUUGCAGAGUUUUGGAAAUCACGAAUCCCACUAGGGCGCGAAAAAUGGAAAAGUCCACGAGAAAUAAGCGGAAAAUGACCAAUAAAUCUUCAGCUGGUGAUGAAGUGUGUCGACUAUGCCUCACAAAGGAGCAGGAUGUUCACUUGGACGACAAGCUUUCCAAAGACACGAAAUACUGGCAAGUUGCUGUUGGCUUUGCGAACAUAAAGUACUCUCCCAAAGAUGGGCUGCCGCAGUCGAUUUGCCGGAUGUGCGCCUCGCAACUCACGAAUUUUCACAUCUUCAAGCAACGCUGCGAGGCAUCGUACAAAACUCUCCUGGGCACCGUGACAAGCAGCAAAUCCCAGGCUGGAAGAGUGGAGAAAGAGAAGUCGAUUCCGGAGAUUAGCAUGGUCCUGGUGAAGGAGGAGAUUUACGUGUCGGAUGACCUGAGUGAGAAACCUGUUAAAGUUGAGGAGAAGGAGGAAGAGGAGGAUGAGGAGGAGGAAGAUGAGUUUGGGGAGGAGGAGGAAAUAGAGUACUUGAUGGAGUAUGAGGAAAUGGAGCCAAAGAAGAGAAUCCGCGAGAAGAGGCAUCAGUGCACGAUCUGUGGCGUUUUGGUGGAAUCUCCCAGCAAAUUGACGCGACAUCUCCGGACGCACGCCUUGGACAAGUCAAUGAUGCUCCACACGUCGGACAUCGGCAAAGUGUACUCGUGUAAGCACUGCAAUGUGGCUUUUAUCAAGCUGAAGCAGUUGAGGAUUCACAUCACCUCGGAAAGGUGCAUGAAAACAUCUCAGCAGAGUGCAGAAAACGCCGCGGGGACUUCUGAGGAAGUCUUCAAGUGCUACCUCUGCACCAGAGCCUUCAACACUGUGGACACUCUCAAGGCGCAUCUUGGCGAGACCCACGAAAGGCCAAAAAAUUCCCUGCUUUGCUGCUCUGGAUGCUCCUUCACGCACGAAUCCACCGAGCAGAUCAUCGAACACUAUCGCUCGAGCCAGCUGUGCUGCCAAAGAGCGAGAUUCGGCGAGCCGUCCGCCAGCUACGCCUGUGAGAUCUGUGGCAGAGAGUUUCGCUACAAAUCCUGUCUGAAGAAGCACACAAUUUGCCACACGGGCGAGAAGCGCUUUGAGUGCGACAUCUGCUUCAAGCGCUUCACCAGAAAGGGUCAAAUCGUCAUCCACAAGCGGAUGCACUACAACAUCCGGCCAUUCACGUGCCAGGAGUGUGGCAUGGGCUUCCGCAAGUCCAGCGAUCUGAAGCGCCACCAGAGGAUUCACACCACUGAGGCCAACUAUCAGUGCUUCAUCUGCCUGAGGCGCUUCAAGUGGGAUUCAGCGCUCAAGAUCCACAUGAACUCGCACACGGGCGAGAGACCCUUCAAGUGCAAGCACUGUCCCAAGGCGUACACCUGCCGGAGUGGCUUGAAGAAGCACCUCGCCCAUCACGAGGACAGCGGAGAAGCGCCUGCUCGCGUGACUCGAGCGCAUGCCAAAGUGGAAAGUCCUUCGAAAUCCUAAGUAAGUAACCAAGCAUGAGUUGGAAAUAUUAGUGAAAUAAAGAUUCGUCAAUCGCCGUUGAAGAUAUGAAAAUGACUAUUGAGUAAAGUUUCCCCUUGAUUUAAUUUUAUUCAUGUUUAUGUGAUUGUUCAUGCUAAUUUUAUUCA